GUCAUUUUCACAUUUUCAUCCGGUGACUUGUCGACUUGUCGACUCAGUUUGUCCGCUGUGUCGCACAUCAUGCUGCGGUUUCAUUAGCUAGCUCAGCUGUGGACUAGCUAACAACAUCUGACUGCAGGAGGCUACAGCAGCUCACAUCGUUUGUACGAUGCGUCUCUUUAGGUCCUGCAAAAUAAAACGACAGCUGGAUUCAUGGCAGGUCUAGUAGCGGCCAGUGGAAGCAGUGUAACGUCCCAGCUGCAGAGUUUUGGUUCAGUUGUCUUUGCUAAGCUAGCUAGUUUGUGGUUGCUGUCUCGAGCUAACCCAGAAAGCUCUCAUGUUGAAACAACUGUCGUAUCCAAUGGACCUAGACGCACAUCGUGUUUGUUUUCAAAGAAAGAACGGAUGGAAAAGAUGGAGGAGAGGAGCUUGACAAAUACGGCACACAUUAAAAUAACAUACGAGUCACUGCUGGAGCCAUGAUUUCAACGUGUCCAGGCCUGUACUGUGGCAGGAUGAUGGUCAACGGAUCAGUGUGGGGAGACUGUGGCGUGUGUCCUCGCGGAGAGCGGACCAACAUGCAGAAGGUGUGUGAGCGCUGCACCGAGUCCCCUGAGCUCUACGACUGGCUCUAUCUGGGCUUCAUGGCCAUGUUACCACUAGUGCUGCACUGGUUCUUCAUUGAGUGGUACUCUGGAAAAAAGAGUUCCAGUGCUCUGCUGCAGCACAUCACAGCCAUGUUGGAGUGCAGCGUGUCAGCUGUGGUCACCUUGCUGGUCACAGAACCGGUGGGAAUGCUCACCAUCCGAUCCUGUCGAGUCCAGAUGCUGUCAGACUGGUACACCAUGCUGUACAAUCCGAGUCCAGACUAUGUCAACACGUUGCACUGCACCCAGGAGGCCGUCUACCCACUCUACACCAUUGUGUUGAUCUACUACGCGUUCUGCUUGGUGCUGAUGAUGCUGCUGCGUCCUCUGUUGGUAAAGAAGAUAGCGUGUGGUCUGGGAAAAUCUGAUCGCUUCAAGAGCAUCUACGCUGCUCUCUACUUCUUCCCCAUCCUCACCGUGCUGCAGGCGGUGGGAGGAGGUCUGCUCUACUAUGCGUUUCCCUACAUCAUACUGGUCCUGUCUCUGGUCACACUGGCUGUUUACAUGUCUGCGUCUGAGAUACAGUCUUUUAAGAACCUGGUUGCGAAGAAGAAGCGUCUGGUCGUCCUGUUCAGCCACUGGCUGCUCCACGCCUACGGCAUCAUCUCUAUCUCCCGGCUGGACAAGCUGGAGCAGGACCUGCCGCUGUUGGCGCUGGUGCCAGGUCCCGCCCUGUUCUACAUAGCCACAGCCAAGUUCACUGAGCCCAGUCGCAUCCUGUCUGAGGGCGGCAACGGACACUGACAGAUCCAUCAUCAAUGACAUUCAACAAAACGACUGACAGCAGUUUGUUUCUGAGCUGUGCUGGGUGAUUUGGCCUUAAAAUAAUAUUGCAAUAUGUUUAAGGCUGUAUUCGAUACACAAUACAUGAAUCUUGUGAAUCUGACAUCUCCUCUCCAGCACUUCAUAAAUGCUAGGACCGAGAGGAAAUCAAGUAUCACGAUAUUUAUGACCAAAUACUUUGACAUCAUUAUAGGGAUGACUAUUGCUAUUACUUUGUGAAAUCGUCAUCAGUAAUGUGGAUGUAAGGUAAGGUUAGAAAAUGACUCGAAUUUACUGUAACACUUAUGUUAUAUCACGCCACACUAAUAUCCAAUGAGCUAUAGUCUGAUAUGGUGAUAGUGAUAGAUAUCAUUGCGCUGCCCAGCACUGGCCUGGAUGGUGUUCAGUCUGUGGGUUAAUGUGAUGAGUCUUGCUCACGAUGAUGACACGGUGAGCUUCUGAGCGUGACUCAAAGGGGUUUUGCAAGUCCAUUAAUAGUUACAGUUGGACAGCAGGUAAUAACUAUACGUUUAUUUAUACAAUUCCAAUUAUUGAUCUGUGAUCAGAACGGGUGGUUAACAAAUCGUCAACACAGCUGAACGCCAUCUUAUUUGACCAGUUUAACAUACAAGCCUGCUGGUGGCAGCUUGACUUCAUGGACAUUAAGUCUUUGCUCUUUGUUUGAACCAUCCAAGUUGAGACGUGCUCACAUGACUGUUGGCACGGUUGCAACUCAUGUUUGUAUUGUAUUGUAUUCAUUAAAUUUAAUUCUCCUACAGUCCAUAUAGAUAGUGACAAGUGGCAGUGAUAUGUUACCAUACAGAAGUGAUGUCUUAAUGUCUUUUAAUGACUCAUUCAGUUAAAAAAACAGUUUACAGGCAUGAGCAUGUUAGAGUGAAGGAGCUGCAACCACACAGUGUGUAGCAUUUCUUAACUAACUACUUUAAAUCAUGUUUUUUUUUAAAUGGAAGUCCAAGUCCAAGUUCAUGAUUCCCAUUUUAUCAGCCUGUUUUUCUUUCAUUUGACAUAAUGCCAAAAUGUGUUUGACGGUUUUUUUUUAUUUUAUUUAAGCAUGUUUGUGCGUCCAGUAGAUUUUCUUUGAAAUACAGUAAAUGUUGUGAAUGAAGAUGAGUGAUGCCCCGGUCGCCCUGGUUGUUUUGGACGCCUCAGGUUAGGCGGGUGUGUAUGUAACAGAAGUACACCUCAGCCACAUCCAGCCAGUUGAGGGAUAGGCCCAGUGUGUACUGCUCAUUCGUUACCAUUACGCAGGCGGCUAACAGCUGAGCAUCCAUAUCUGAGAGCAGCCACACGUCACUGUCCUGACGCCCCCGUCUGGAUGAAAACAUACGCUGUGAAUGUGCUGCUGCCAGCUUGAACACAGUGUGUAGCGACAUGUCUGAAAGCUGCUGUGCUUCAUUUCCCUGCCAGUCAAGUUAGAGGGACUGGUUUCACUCAGACGUGGGCGGGGCAUGAUGAAGUGCACAGUACCCGGGUGGGCAGCUCUCGUCUGUUUUUCUAAAGGGAAGUCCCAGGCACUGAAAAAUCCAGUUCUGGCGUUUUCUCUGGCAUCCUGCAAAGCACUGAAAUAUGAAAUACAGCCAGCGUGAGGCUAUAUGACAAGUAUAUCUGUAGUAGGUCAAAAGUUGCCUGAGAUUAAUCUUUCCCACUAACACAUGAUAAAGUGUGAUGGCCACAAACAUGGAAAAAAGUGGCACUGCUGUGGAUCAAAUACUUCCUGUUUGUUAUUUAGGCUGUUACGUGAGGUUGUUUGUCCUCUUUGUCCUGAAACACACUCUGAUCCUUCAGAUGGCCUUCAGUGGUUUUCCAACUUGAAGCUGCUAAUGUGCUUUAUAUGUAUAUUGUAAAUACUGUACAUUGUAAAUAUUUAAUGUAUUGAUUUUCAGUAGGAUUUGCUUCAUGCACACAAGCUCAAAUUACAAAUGAAUGUUUCUAUUCAAAGCUCGUGCAGCUUCGUGUGCUCGUAUGUCAUUGACUGUGUGUAGUGAACCUUGUCAUCAUGAGCUCAACCAUCAAGUAUUUAUGAGUCACCUUUUAUGAGGCUCUUAAACACACAUGUACCUGCUGAAGGACAGGGAGAGUCACCGUUGACGCCAGACUUUUCACUAAGUCGUGCUAAUCUGAUCCAGCUCCAUACAACACAAUAUGCAGAGCACACAGAACCACAACAGCAGCCUGCCUUAAGUAAAGUUUAGCCAGCUUGAAAACUUUAGCUACAGCAUGGAGUGUUGUCUGAACAAAAUCCAGUCUAAUUUCUGAUGUAAGUCUGUGAAUCAAAAUGAUUGCAGUCGAGCAGUGAGACGACUUUUCCAUUUUACCAACCCACCGUCUUUUUCUCUUCUGUGUUCUCUUUGUCUCUCUCUCAUUCAUUAUUUAUCUUUUCAAACAAAGUCAAUAUUAAAAAAUGUCUGACAAAAUGA